UCCCUAGUCCAUAAGGACUGCAGAUGGGUUGUCCUUGUACAGUAUACAGUAUCCACCUGCACUUCAUUAGAGAGCAGCAUUUGUACAUGCCACACCACAAGAUCAUCAUGAUGACAUAGCAGCUUCAGAGAACAGCGUGACUAGGGUUUUUUUGGUUUGGUUUUUUUUGGGGGUUGUUUUUUGUUUUGUUUUUUUUAGCUCUUGUAUCACAGAGGAUCUGGCAACCAGUUACCUCCUGACACCGUUUACAGCAUAUAUUGGUCGAUUCAGUCCUUUAUUGCAUCUGCUCUGGGAAUUAAAGAAAGCAGUUCAAGGCAGUAAGGGACAAGACACAUUUCAAAGAUGCAUCUAAGCUCUCUACCUUUCUUACUGGUAUUGAUCAGUGGCAUUUUCUGCUAUUACGACUAUGAUAUGGGAUAUUAUCCAGACCCAGAUGACCCUUAUGUUCAUUCAAUGAUGGGGCCAUCUACAGCGGUCUGUGCCCCAGAAUGUAAUUGUCCUGAAACCUAUCCAUCUGCAAUGUAUUGUGAUGACCUCAAAUUGAAAAGCAUCCCAGUUGUACCUGCUGGAAUAAAAUACCUUUAUCUCCGAAACAAUAUGAUUGAGGGCAUUGAAGAAAAUACAUUUGACAAUGUAACAGACCUGCAGUGGCUGAUCUUAGAUCACAACCAUUUGGAAAAUUCAAAAAUUAAGGGAAGAGUCUUCUCCAAACUAAAGAGUUUAAAGAAAUUGCAUAUAAAUUAUAACAAUUUGACUGAAGCUGUUGGACCACUUGCUAGUACCAUGGAUGACCUGCAACUUAGUCACAACAAGAUCACAAAAGUCAGCGCCAAUGUACUGGAGGGGCUGGUGAACCUGACUGUCUUUCACCUACAGCAUAACCAGCUGAAAACAGACUCUGUUUCCGGGGCUUUGAAAGGCCUGAAGUCACUUUUAUAUCUUGACUUGAGCUCCAAUCAACUUACAAAGCUACCAAAAGGACUGCCUCCUGCUUUACUCAUGCUGUAUUUUAACGACAACCAGAUCACCAACAUUCCUGAUGAGUACUUCCAAGGUCUUAAGGCCCUGCAAUAUUUACAUCUGUCUCACAAUCGGUUGACAGAUGGUGGAAUACCAGGCAACGUUUUCAAUAUCUCCUCCCUAGUUGAGUUGGAUCUCUCCUUUAACAUGCUGAAGAGCAUUCCAACAGUCAAUGAGAACCUAGAAAACUUCUACCUCCAAGUCAACCAAAUUAACAAGUUCCCACUGAGCAGCUUUUGUAAGGUUGUUGGACCACUAACCUAUUCCAGGAUCAAACAUUUGCGUUUGGAUGGAAAUAAUCUCACUCGAUCUGACCUGCCACAGGAAAUGUACAACUGUCUCCGUGUAGCUGCUGAUAUCUCACUGGAGUGAAGUGCCUCCGAUUUCCUUAUAAGGGUCAUAACUAUACUGCAGAUUUACACCAGCAUAACUCUUUAAAAUUAGGAUGUCUUAACAAAAGUCAAUUUGCAUAUUAUCUAUUCUGUUUGUUAAUAUUUAGCAUGAACCUGGUGAUCCUAACAAAACAUGUUUGUGCAUAUUUUUACAAGUAGUUUCAAUUGUUUGUUUCUGAAAACACAAAAGGACCCUAUUCAGCCCCCUCCCCCGAAUAAAUCUGGCUUCCAACUUGGAGGAAUAUGAUCAUGAUUGUAAAAAGCUAUGUGCCUUCAAACACAUGCACACAAACAUUGGUGUAUGCAGUUUUGCUCAGGUUCUCAUGGAAAUCAGGUGUGUUUUUGGUAGAGUACUGAAUGGUAAUUUAGGGCUGAACUGUGUAUGUACAAUAUUCAUCCUGUUCAACAUUAAUAUUCUAAAUUAUUCACACCUUUGAUAUAUUUUUAGAAAUGGCAAAAGAACAGCAUAAUACAAUUUAGCAAUAUAAAUAUGAUAAAAUUUGUAUGAAAAUAUAUUUUCAGAGCCCAUUUGAAUAUGACAUUAAUGAGACAUGAAAGAUUAUGAAGAAACAAGAACAUUUUUCAGGAUUUUUAAAUUGUUUGUUGUUGUUUUUGUCACUUACCUAUAUACUUUCAUGGAGAGGUUUUUGUCUGCUACCAGUAGAAUUGUUAUUUCACAGUAAAUCAUAUAUACAAGUAUUUUUAUUCAAUUACUUGCAUGCUACGUUUAACCAGACUGUAGAAAAUAAAACAUAGCAAAUAGCUCUGUUGUGUCCAUAUCAUUGUCAAAUAUGUUGCAGUCUUUUAUAAACUUGAAAAGGAAGUUCAGGUUAAAACUAAAAAUUCUAAGGUAUUAUAUUUUGCUGAAUUUAUUGUAAGGUUAAAUAAACUGUUUUCUGAA